AUGUCUAAUAAUAAUCAAGUACAGCAACAGAAUGCUAAGGCGCCAAUGUCCCAUACUCUUUGGUCGCCGAUAGACACAGUUAAAGAUGUUGCAGAUUCCUUAGGUUUAACAGAUUUAAAUGAUGAAGCUCUGAGAAAUUUAGCUAUGGAUGUUGAAUAUAGAAUUCAUGAGAUACUGGAACAAUCUGUUAAGUUCAUGAGACAUUCUAAAAGAAAAACAUUAACAACUAAUGAUGUUGAAAAAUCAUUAAAAGUCUUGAAUGUUGAACCUUUAUAUGGUUAUGAUGUUUCAAGACCUUUAAAUUUCAAAGAAGCUUUAGUUGGUAAUGGACAAACUUUAUACUAUGUUGAUGAUGAAGAAGUUGAUUUUGAAAAAUUAAUUAAUCAACCUUUACCAAAAGUGCCUAGAUCUUCAACUUUUACUGCACAUUGGUUAUCAAUUGAGGGUGUUCAACCUGCAAUUCCUCAAAAUCCUUUAGAAUCUGAAAUUAGAUCUCAACUGCCAGUUUCAAGAGGUGCUAUAACAAAUGUUUUGAAUGGUAAUGAUGCUGUUACUUCAAAUAAUACUACUGGAUCUAAUACAAACGCGGGUUCGACAGGUGUUAGUGCUAAAGAUACAGAAAUUAAACCUUUAGUAAAACAUGUAUUAUCAAAAGAAUUACAAUUAUAUUUUGAUAAAGUGAUACAAGCAUUAACUAAUCAAGAAGAUAAUGAAGAAGUCCUACAUUUGAAACAAGCUGCUUUAACUUCAUUACGUUCUGAUCCUGGGUUACAUCAAUUAGUUCCAUAUUUUGUUCAAUUUAUUUCUGAACAAAUCACACAUAAUUCAAAUAAUAUUGCCUUAUUAUCAACAAUGUUGGAAGUCAUUUACUCUUUACUUUCAAAUUCAAAUAUAUUUUUGGAUCCAUAUAUUCAUGCAUUAAUGCCAUGUAUCUUAACAUUAUUAUUAGCUAAAAGAAUUGGUUCACAAAAUGAUGAUGAACAUUUUGCAGUUCGUGAUUUUGCUUCAAGUUUAUUAGAACAUGUUUGUAAACAUUAUGGGAAGGCUUAUACAACUUUAAAACCAAGAGUAACACGUACUUUGUUGAAAACUUUCUUGGAUUCAAAUAAACCGGUGGGGACUUUAUAUGGUGCAAUUAUUGGAUUACAAAAAUUAGGUGAAGAAGUUGUUAGAAUUAUUAUCUUGGGGAAUUUACAAAAUUGGUCAUUAAUUGUUUUACAUUCUUUAAAAAUUGAAGAUAAAAACUUAUUAAUUGAUACAAUUAUUAAAUCUUUAAGAGUAUUAGUUAAUGAUGAUUCUAAAAAUGAAAUGGAUGUUGAAUUAAGUGAUGAAGAAAAAUCUAAAUUAAAGAAAAGAGUUGGUGAAGAAAUUGCAGAAUAUAUAAUUAAACAAGAUGAUAGUAAACAAAUUUCAGAUGCAAUCUUUUUUGGUGAUUUAGAAAAAUAA